GAUACACGGCACUGCUCUCAGAGCUGCUCUGCUUCAACUUCCAGCACAGAACGAAAAAAAAUGCUAAUAAUGAAAAGGAUUUUACGGUAACUGGAUUUAAACCUAGAUUUUUAACACAGAGGACAGCUUCAUUCCCUUCCUAAGAGACAUCCAGAGCAGAGAACAGGUACAGCACUCGAAAGAUGGGAAGGCAGAUGUGUUAAAGACUACGCAGGACUGCUGAACUAGUAGAAGAACAGAGGGGAAACUCACUGCUUUCCCCUAAGAUGCUGGAGCUGCGUAAAGUCAGGAGGUCGGGAAGUAGCGGACCUGAGAGAGCGCAGGGGAUCUGCCUGCCCUUCAUCCUGCUGCUGCUCAUGUUCACUCCGAGCGUGGACUCGUCCUGGUGGUACAUUGGUGCACUUGGUGCACGGGUCAUAUGUGACAACAUUCCUGGCCUGGUCAACAAGCAACGGCAGUUGUGCCAGAGACACCCAGACUUAAUGCAGUCAAUUGGUGAGGGAGCCAAGGAAUGGAUUCACGAGUGUCAACACCAGUUCCAGCACCAUCGCUGGAACUGUAGCACGCUGGAACGUGACCACACUGUCUUUGGCCGCGUCAUGCUCCGAAGUAGCCGUGAGGCAGCAUUUGUGUAUGCAAUCUCCUCUGCUGGAGUGGUGUAUGCACUCACUCGAGCCUGCAGCCUGGGGGAGCUCAAGAGCUGCGGCUGUGACACCCACAAGAGAGGAAGAGCACAUGAUGAAUUGGGUGACUUUGACUGGGGUGGCUGUAGCGACAACGUGAAUUAUGGUAUCAAGUUCGCCAAAGCCUUUGUGGAUGCCAGGGAGAGAAUGGUAAAAGAUGCCCGAGCACUGAUGAACCUGCACAACAACCGCUGUGGCAGAAUGGCAGUGAAGCGCUUCAUGAAGCUGGAAUGCAAGUGUCAUGGUGUCAGCGGCUCAUGCGCUCUGCGGACAUGUUGGCUCGCUAUGUCUGAUUUCCGGCGCACAGGAGAUUACUUGAGGAAGAAGUACAACAUGGCGGUGGAGGUCACAAUGAACCAGGAUGGCACAGGGUUUAUGGCUGCAGGCAGGAACUUCAAAGGUACAACGAAAAACGAACUGGUGUACGUGGAAAAUUCUCCAGACUAUUGCCUCAUGGACCGAACAGCAGGUUCUCUAGGCACAGCAGGGAGGGUGUGCAAUAAAUCUUCCAAGGGCAUGGACGGCUGUGAAGUUAUGUGCUGUGGUCGUGGAUACGACACCACACGGGUCAAACGGGUCACCAAGUGUGAGUGCAGAUUCAAGUGGUGUUGCUCGGUCGAGUGCCAAGACUGUGAAGACACCGUGGAUGUUCACACUUGCAAACCGCACAAGCGCCCAGAUUGGCUAGAUCUUACUUGAUUUCUGUGGGUGUGGCCAGUUAUUGAAAAAAUUUCUCUUCUCAGGGAUUCGAAGUGGACCAAAGAAUCAGAGGAUGCAUGGUCUCUGUCUACAGAAUGUUAAUCCUUGUUGGACUUCCAUGGCAACAGUGCAGAAGUAAAACUGUUCUUCAAUCUGGAACAUUGCUAGUCUUUGGACAGCAAAAAGAAAAAGGAUUUAAUAUUUGUUUUGUCACUGUUGUUGUCAUGGUUUCAUGACCUCAGAUAAGAGCAUAGAAAUUGCUGCAAAUGGCUUAAAAACGUACAGACAAAACAAUUUUGACAGCUUGUGGACUCUCUGAGAAAUUGAGCACUAGACAGACACUGGACGCAGUGCAUCAUGAAUAUCAUCUGCGACAACUGCCUGUAAACGGAAUAGAACUUCCUCAAAUUGAAACUGACUGGAAGUGUACCCCGCUGUAUGAUCUGUACAAUAAGAAUAACAAAUCUGCAGGAGGAGUUCACACUGUUAAUGUACAUGGAAGGACUCAGCAUUUAACAUGACACACUGCUAUGACACACUACUAUAACACAAUGCUAUAGUUAACGUUUCUUCAAAAUUCUUUUCAUUUUUAAUAUAUAUCGGACUUGGAAAAAUACUGAAAGAUCAGAUCCUCUUGUAAAGCCUUUUUGUCAUUAUGCGUUAUAAGAUGUUUCUAUUAGAUGUUAUAAGAUCUUUUGUUAUUGAAACUGAAUAUCUACGCACUUAAGCAUCAUUUUUCAUGUGAGCACUUUUUGUGAGGGUUUAGAUAAAACUGUGAUCAAAGAGUGUUUACAUUUCGAUUCUCUCAAAAAUCGAGCAUUGUUUACAUUGAAUGAAAUAAAACGAAAACCAAAAAAAAAAAGCUGACACGGUUCAUGGAACUGUUAUUCCAUUUAAUGUACUUGAUGCACCAAACUGAUACUAAAUUCCAAUAUUGGCAAUAAUUGUCCUGAAACAUUGGAUUGAUAAUGGGACUGGAUUUGAUAUAUUUUCCAUUCAGUGACAGUGAUUGUAGUGAAUGUGUGUGGUGUUGACUGGCAUGACACAGAAUUUGGAAGUGAAUACAGGACACAGCUUCUUCUAAAGCAUGUCACCGUCAAGCCCCUGAUGUUUCACAUAACUUGGCAGCAUUGGGUAUUAUACAAUAUUCAGUGCUCUCAUAUCAGUAUCAUAUCGCUAAUGGAAAAAAAAGUGGGAUCAGUGCAUUCUUUAGAGUGCAGUUCAUACAUUUUUGAAAGCCCGUCCCUCUGGUCUCUAAGCUCAUAACACUAGUUGUGUCACUGUCACAUAUAGACUGCACUAAAUCACAAGCAGUUAACCAAAUCACAUGGUAAUAGAUCCUAAAACGUGUCAAUGUGUUUAAAAAAAAAAAAAAGUGAUUAUUUCCCCUCUGCAAUGUCUUAAUUGUUUGCCAUCUUUAUAUCCUCGUGCAAAACUAUAUGUGUAUGAUACUAAAUGUCAAAUCAUUACCAUUUAAAGAUAUACUGUACCAUGAUUGAGUAGUAAAAAUAGCCAGGACAAAAUGGCAAGCAUUCAUUUUGCUACGCCAAACGUUCUGUUUCUAAAUUUGUUAUGAAGCUGGAUGAGCGGAGUCAGGGCUUUGGCAUACUGCUGGGAUAACGCGUGUCCAAAAUGCCACUUCCAUUAAUCUAAAGCAACCUGAACCUUUGUCAUGUGCAGGAUGAGGAGACUUGCGCUGUUCUGGGUUAUACUGGCUGGAAGGUUAAAAAAAUUUAUUAAUUUAAAUGGGGGGCGUCAGGUUUCAAGCAAAAUGUUUAUAGUUAAGAAAAAUCAGUUAGUCUCCCUAACCUCGAUUAUGUUUUCACUUUCAGGGUCUUAUCCUAAGAUAUCUUUUUUCCAUUCUCUGUUAAAACCCCUGUCAGAUUAUGCUUUCUGGCAUUCAACAGCACUGUCUUUCACCUUUUCUCAGCAGAGGAAAAGAUUAUGUGUUGAGAAAGACUUCAGGAAAACAUGUCAGUGUGUUUACUUUAAAACAUUGUACAAUAGCCCCUUUGAUACUGUACGGCUGAUGUUGAAAUUUAUACAUGUUCUUAAACAAAACAGACUAGCAUUUUAAUUAGCACACUAAUCCCUAAAAUUUGAAGUGUUUUGGUUGAAGGCUUGGUUCUUACAUGUUAUUUCGGUUUCCUGAGGCAAGUGGCAUUAACAAUGGUUGAUUAAAGGGAUAAUGAACAUAAACAUUACAUGACCAUUUUCACACAGUGCCAAGUGUGUGUGGUCCCAGUAACUGCUUUUGUUUGGAGUCAUAUGCUGUAGAUAAUGAUCUUGUCAGGCUGAAAACCUCCCAGCUGUUUUCAAUUCAGCCAAAUAUAACAUUCUGUUAUUUAUUUCUCUUUUUCAUGACGAGUUUGAGGUAGUUCUUUCAGAGUUGGCUCAUGAACGCUUAUGAAAUAGUAUGUACGCUACCAUUUCAUUCGUUUAAAAGAUAGAUGGCAAGUCAAAGUCUUACACGGAGAACAUAAUUCUUGCUAUUACAAUUUGUGUAACAUUUGACAUGGGAUAAAUUUAAGCUGUUAUUUAACUUGAUUUAUUUACCCCCAAAAGUGGUACAGGAACAUUAGUAAUAGACUUAUUAUAUAAACUCAUUUUUGCCCUGGUGUAUGUACUUCAUGUCAUUCUUUUGCAUUUUAGACAUAUGCAAACAGGUAGGCCUCAUGGGGGACUUUGUGCUUCCCUCUCAUGACUGUCGUUCAUGGUUCUGGUCAGUGCCAAAUUUAUAGUGGAGUCUAGUGUAAUAUAUACAUGUCGCUCGUGUCAGGGGGUGAAAUCAGUCCCAGAGGUGAACAGUUGGGAGGUUUAGCACGCCUGCAGCCAGGCCCAUGGUAUGGGAUUAACACAUAAAAACUCUUAUCUGGUGUGUCAGCUGGCAAAAAUGAAGCUCUCCUUACUUUCAAAGCUAAGACCCUUUGGGUGCUACAGCCAGGGAGGAUCAGAGACCUUUCCUUUCCUCAUUUAUAUGAAGUGGCUUUGAUUGUGCUUGAGGUUUAAGAGUCCAUACAUGUGGUCUGGUGGAGGGCUGGGAUACAUGAUCAGAGAAUGGCCACUGAUUCAACUCUUGCCGUCAGCGUCCCACUGUCUUGUAGUUAUGUUUUUUUGUUUUGUUUUUUUACCCCCAACGCACCCAAUUUAACUGAUAGAAAGCUUGAUAAUUACCAGUUCUGUGUGCCCCACCAAGGAACAGGCAAUCCAGAAGACAUCCAACCUCCUUGUACACAUUACAGUGUUUGGUCUCACUGUCAUCUCAGAGAAGAGCCAAAGCAGGUCAGCAACAUGACUGCAUGAGGAUGCAUGGAUAUUAUUACUCUUGCCAGUCAGAUUCAACAGGUGUCUGUUGAGGAUGCUAGGAAUGAUGAAGGUACCCACAUUGGUAAUCCCACUAAACUUACUGUAGCUAUUGGCUUUCCCCAGCGAACGCACUGUUAGGGCAGCACAUAUGCCGCGGCAGUAGCAUCUCUACCCAGACGUGGUAACACAAAUAUAGGUUUGGAAAUGUGCAUAUGGAUCUUUUCACCAGUGCCAAAUCAACACAUAGCCGGUUGUGGAUCUCUGCUGGGACAGAAUGCCUUAGCCCACGACUGGCCUCACCACUUGUUGUAUGCCGUUCCUCCUUUACUUCUGAUUCUUCCUAUACUGCUUGUGGCCUUGAUAUGUCUGGCAAGACCUUGGUUCCCACUGCUUCCUUCUCUAGUAGUUGGAACAUUGUAGUGGCUUCCUCCCUGAGCAGAUCUGCCAUCUUAAAUAGAUGCUGUUUAGAACUGGCACUCUCAGCCAAAUCACCAACUGAGGACUGUGAUCUAGGACUGUGGUUCCCAAACUUUUCCAGGGCAAGGCCCCCCAAAUGGCAUUAACAUUUGACCGAGGCCCCCCUUUUGCCUUUAAAACACAUUAAAAAUACAGACUUCUGAAUAUAUCCCCCUUGUUUAUUCAUAAUUACAUCUUACAUCUUUAAAUUACAUUAGGAAUUGAUUGUGUGUGUGUGCAUGGCUGUCUGAGAGUGAGAAAGAGAAAAUAUACUAGUGGGAAUGGGCUUGGUGGCACUGACACAGUUUGUCAAGCCUGGCCAAAUUGUUGAGGCCCCCGGGGCGCCCCCCAAGGGGGCCCCCACU